AUGCGAUUGGCUCUUCAGCGUCGGGCGAUCCCGUUGAGAGUGUGUGGUGCUUUCCGCCUUUCCUCAUCUAGUGGAAAACAACAACAACAACAACAACAACAAGCAGAGGGGAAAAAAGAUGAAUUCUUCUCUGUUCUCAAGCACGGACCUCGUAAUCGUGCGGAGUUUCUUGGUCUCUGUCUUGGCUGUAGUGUUUUCCCCCUUUCCGUGAUGUUGAUGAAUUGGUAUGAUGAACGUAAACGACAACAACAAGAACCGCCUGAAUUGGCCCCGGACUUUCAAUCCAUAAAGGAAGUCUCAUUCACAAACAAACAACAAUUGGGAGGUCCAUUCUGUCUACGUGAGAGCCGAACAGGAAAGUACAUCACAGAUAAGGAACUCUUUCAAGAUCAUUGGACAUUACUUUACUUUGGAUUUAGUAAAUGUGCAGAAGUCUGCCCAACAACACUACAGUUUAUAUCAGAACUUAUGCAGAAAUGUGAUGCCACGAUGGAAGGCAAUGCGGCUCAAGAGGCUUCUCGACUGCAGGCGGUGUUUUUAAGUAUUGACUCCUUCCGCGAUACCCCAGAGGUGCUGGAGUCUUUUGUAUCUAAAUUCGAUCCACGUGUGCGGGCUCUCUGUGGAAAUCAACAGGAAGUACAAAUCGCCGCAAAGGCCUGGCGGGUAUUUUACUCUUCUAUUGAAGAAACAGACGAGGAACGAGAGGCACGGGAGGCAAAAGGAAUUCCAGAGAUUGUAUUAGAUGAUACCUAUCAAUUUGAUCACAGUAGUGCGAUCUAUUUAGUAGGGCCAGAUGGGAAAAUGAAAGAUUUCUUCUUUAAGGAGAUGGGAAUGGAAGAUGCAUUAAGUAGAUUGGGUGUACACUUUGAUGAUGUGUAUGGAUUUAGGGAUACGAGAUAG